AAAAGUGAUAAACUGACGAGUGACGACCACUGACAAUUCGCAAGAUUCAAGUGUUUCAACAAUUUAUUAUUUAACUGAGUAGUCUAUAAAUUACAGUAUUUGUUUACAACAAUUACCUAGGAAGUUAGGAUACAAAAAAUUAAUUUAAAAUCAGGUUCCUUAUCAAAUACUGUUAGACCUAUUCAAAACUGUUCAAAAUGUCAAAUGAAAUGUUAAGAGAAAAUCUAGAAGCUCAAUUGGAACGUUUAGUCCAACAACUUAGCGAUUUAGAGGAGUGCAGAAGCGACAUGACUGACGAUGAAUACAACGAGUCAAAAGAAGAUACCGUCGAACAGUUAAAAGAAUUUAAUGAUCGACUAAGUAAAAUUACUGCUGGUGAUAUGACUAUACAUGACAAUUUGAGCAUUAUGCGUUUAGCAACUAGUGCAGCCAUAACAAAAGCAUUUCAAACACCUUCUAUCAUUAAGAUGUUUGCUAAAAAUGAACCAAAUGCACUCAAAGACAAACGCAAUCAAAUUGAAAGGGAUCUGAAGUUAGGUAAAUUGAGCGUGGAGGUUGGAAAUCGACAAAAGCUUGAAGUAUUAACUGCGUUGAGACAUCUUGGUUGUGAACUGACAGAUAGUGAUAAAAUAUUUAUUCAAGAAGAAACAAGCAAACUUCAAAGCAAUGUGUCAUCAAAUGGUUUUAAUAUAUCAGACUCUUUAAAUGGAUUUGAUUACAAUAUGUUUUUGAAACUGGACGACACUACAACGUAAACAAGGCUUAUUUAAUGUUUAAACUUUACCAACUACUAACCAAUGUCGUAAUCAAUAGUAUUUGUUAUAUUAUGAUUGAUUGUUGUACUUUUUUAGGUACUUAAUCGUGAUUUACAAUGAUCAAAUUUU